CCAACAUGGCUGCGACUGACGGGCCCGUGGUCAAGCGACAGAGGCGCGAUGCCGCCCGCGCCGAUCAGACGCGCAGUGCAAAGUCCCGAUUAUUUGCGCCUUUUCGCACGGUAGGCUUAAUUUCUCCCACCGACGUGCCUUUUACGAGCGUGCCCCUCGGCAAGACGACCUUUCAAAUCACGACAUCGGUCGGACGGAGCCUCCAGACCUAUGACCUGCGCCGAGGCCUGAACCUCGUUUUCAUCACGAGGCCCCAAACUCCCGAGACCAUUACCGCUACCUCUUCAUGGAAGGACCGUAUUCUGGCUGCAUGGGGCGGCGAAGGGCGCAAGGCUACCAGGGGUGUGUGGGUGUUUAAGCGCGGCAAAAAGGUGGAUGAGCUUGAGCUCCCGCGCGGAUGCGACGAAAAUAUCAAGCAGAUCACGGUGUUUGGCGCGUGGAUCGUUGGUUGUGGCUCCACGAGGAUCGAGAUCUGGAAAUCUGCUACAUUGGAGCAUUACACCACCCUUACGGCUCCGCGGUUGGGCGGUGCAGGCAGCUUGCUGACUGGUGGCAUUUGCAACAUGCCCACUUACCUGAACAAGAUCCUUGCGGGAAGACAAGACGGGAGUGUCGAGAUCUGGAACAUAAACACCGGGAAGCUGCUGUACACCAUCUUUCCCGCGGCAGCGGAAUAUGGACCCGUGACAGCCUUGGAGCCAACGCCCGCUUUGUCUUUGGUCGCAAUCGCCUACGGUAACGGUCCUGUGGUAAUUCAUGAUAUCCGCGCGGAUAAGGAAAUUCUUAGCUUGAACACCGGCUCUGCGAAAAAGUCUCCCGUCACCUCAAUUUCUUUCCGUUCCGACGGCCUUGGCGCUGGAGAGGAUGGUCAGAAGGACGGCAUCAUGGCGACAGCUUGCAGGGACACUGGCGACGUGGUAUUCUGGGACCUGAACGGAGGUGGUCGAAAAAUGGGUGUUCUCCGCGGCGCUCACAACCCCCCGUCGCCCGCCGAUGGAGGUAUCUCUGGUGGCAUCAGCAAGGUGGAGUUCCUUGCUGGACAAGCUAUCAUUGUUACCAGUGGACUCGACAACUCUUUGAAGACCUGGAUUUUCGACCAAACGCCAUUCUCUCCCAUUCCGCGCAUUUUGCAUUCCAGGAGCGGCCAUUCUGCACCGGUAUCCAGCCUAGAAUUCCUGCCUUCAGACGCUGACGGAGCCGACGCUGGCGGAAAAUGGCUCCUUAGUGCCAGUCGCGACCGUACGUUGUGGGGAUGGAGCUUGCGCCGGGACGGUCAGAGUUCUGAGCUCAGUCAAGGCAACAUCCGCAAGAAGGCCAAGAAGAUGGGCAUCCUCAGCAAUGGACUUGCGUCUAUCGAUAGCAGUCUGUCGAUCGAGGACCUCAGGGCACCCAAGAUCACCUGUAUGGCAUGCUCCUUGAACCGAGAUGGCGGUAUGGGCGCGGUUCCCGGCGUUUCUGCUGUCUGGAACAACCCCACCAAAGCAAAAGGAGCCUCAGGUAGCGACUCUACCGGAUUGACCGGCUGGGAAAGUGUAGUCACGGGCCAUGAUGACAGUAAGACUGCCAGAACAUGGUUUUGGGGCAAGAAGAAGGCGGGACGAUGGGCUUUCGAUACAGGCGAUGCUACGCCUGUUACCAGUGUCGCCAUUUCUCCUUGUGGCACGUUUGCACUGAUUGGAUCCGAGGGAGGUGGGAUCGACAUGUUUAACUUGCAAUCUGGUAUCCAUCGUCAAAGGUUUCCGGCGCGCCUUACUCCCAAACAAGCAAAACAACUUCAGCUCCAGCAGGCUGAGGAUGCCGAGAUGGACGGCUUGGAUGGCAAGCCUAAAAAGUUCGCAAGGGGUCAAGGCAAGCACACCAAGGCCGUAACUGGUUUGGUUGUGGACAAUCUUAACCGGACCGUCAUCAGCUGUGGUGACGAUGGCAAGGUCAAGUUUUGGGAUUUUACCAGUGGUCUGCUUUUACAUGAGAUUGACUGGCACCCCAUGGUGACAAUAACCGGCAUUCGCUACCACAGGCCCAGCGAUCUCAUUGCUCUCAGUUGCUCCGAUUCCUCCAUCCGUGUCAUUGACAUCGAGACAAAGAAGCUCGUUCGUGAGCUGUUUGGAUGCCAAGGCCAAGUUAACGACCUGAUCUUUUCUAAUGAUGGACGCUGGAUCGUUGCCUCUUCUGGCGACUCAUGUGUCCGUGUCUGGGAUAUCCCGACUGGCCACCUAAUUGACGGAGUGAAGUUGCGAAGCCCCUGUAAAGCGUUGUCUUUCUCGGCUACAGGCGAAUAUCUAGCUAUCGCUCAGGAAGACACUGUUGGAGUACACAUCUGGACGAACAAGACCCUCUUUACGCACGUGCCUACGAGGCAUAUCACUGACAAGGAUAUUGUGGAGAUGGACGCCCCCACUGCAUCAGGGGAGGGUGGAGAAGGCAUUGUGGAGGCGGCAUACGCUGAUGAGGAAGAAGAGCAGGAAGACGCUAUCGCAGACAGCGGUGUGCCUUCCAUUGACCAACUCAGCGAGUCUAUCACUACGCUGAGUCUGGUGCCUAAGUCGAGAUGGCAAAACCUGCUUCAUCUUGACCUCAUCCGCGAGCGCAACAAGCCAAAGGAGGCACCAAAAGCGCCAGAGAAGGCGCCCUUUUUCCUGCCAAGCUUACAAAACGGCGCGCCCAACCCGGCCGCCAACCCGGCCGCGGUCAAGAAAGCAGAAGACGGUGCUGCGCAAGCAAGCGCACUCUCACGGAUCUCAAAUUCGGGUGCUCACCAGUCAGAAUUUAGCAGGCAUCUUGCCAACGCGGCGCAAACGGGCGAUGGCGACACGGUGCUGGCGCAUCUUGCGUCGCUCCCGCCUAGUGCGGCCGACCUAGCGAUCCGAUCGCUCGACGCGCCCGAGUUCGUGACGUUCAUCGAGGCGCUGACGGCGCGGUUGCGGCAGAAGCGCGAGUACGAGCUGGUGCAGGCGUGGAUGUCGGUGUUUUUGCGGUUGCACGGUGAGGCGGCGACGGGCGAUGCGGAGGUGGUGGAGGCACUGAAGGAAUGGCGGGAAGAGGCGGGACGGGAGAAGCAGCGGCUGGGGGGACUUGGAGCAUACUGUGUGGGCGUGGUGGGUUUCCUUCGGAGCGCGCGGUGAAGGGGAGCGGGUGUUGUAUUGCUCGGACUGUCGGGGGGCCUUGGAGUAUAUACUGUGUGGACGUGGUGGAUUUCGCGCGGUGAAGAGGAGCGGGUGUUGUCAUUGCUUCGGAAUGUCGG